GCUUAUUGUUCUUCACUUUUAUUCAGUGGUGAGACAAGCAUAGUUAACUUUUUGAGGAAAGCCAUCACUUUGGAUGAGGUAUGUUCUAUUUGUGGAGGUCUCAAAAAUGAAGUGAAUUUAAUAGGUGAACAUUAUAUUUCCUGCUAGGUACAACCUACUUGGGUAGGAAGUGAACUAAAAGCUCUAAUGGUUAUUCAGCUAUGGAAAUAAUUUCUAUACUUGAUUUAUUUCUUGGUUCAAAUAAAUCCAAACUUAGAGAAAUGAGGUUUAUCCAAUCAUUUAAAAUUGAAAAAUUACGUAAAAUUAAACUUGUGAUUAGCAGAACCAGACUUUGUUUGUACUACUGAAUUUGAAUUUUGGUUAUUGAGAAACAAUUCUUGUCUGAACAAGAGCAAGACUGAAUUCAAACUAUGGAAAGGUAGACAGACCUGGAGAAAUAAAUAAACUUGACUUGACCUUUGAAUAGGCAACAUCACAAUAAUUUAGCAGAUUCAAAAAUUUACUCUUUGGUUUUGGAAUAAACAGACAUGUGAGAGUGCACAUGAGUAAGACUUGAUUAUCACAUAUACAUAACCAACUUGGAUUGCUGAGUAUGGCCUGGAAUUGGACAAUUUGAUAAACCAGUGAAACUGGAAUCACACAAAGGCACAGACCUUUAUCUUCUUCACUUCACUAUCUUGCCAUUUUUUUUAACAGCAUUAUCAAUUUUAAGGACAGGGCUUGGUAAUUAUUAGGGAUCUACUUUUGCAUGGCCAAUUAUUAUGCAAGCAUAAGGCCAUUAAAUUAAAAAAUAAAUUUGGGGUUGUUGCAUAAUAUUCUGAGAUAGAGAGGUUUGAAAUGUGAAAAAAGUGCUGACAUUGCAUUUUUAAAAAAGUAAAGGAAAAUAAAAUUUCCUGAUAAUGGGGCUGAAAAAAUUCCCAAGUCAGCAAGUCUUAGAAGCAAUGGAACAAGCUUUCGAGUCAACAACACUGCUAUUUUCUGAAGGGAUGUGAAUUAUGAGAUGAAGUGAAAACCAUACUCUCCAACUUCAAUUGAGGCAUAGCAACUACUUUCCUCUUGUUUUUUUAUGGGGAAAAUUGUCCACUAAAUUUUCUUUUUCAGUUUUAACCAAAGGUGGCAUAAUUAAACUAACUGGAACUGUAAAUUAUAGGGGUGAAAAUCCCUUUCACUGUAAUUGUUUGUUCAUAUAAUCAUUUCCGGAGACCAUGACCAUGAUUUGCAGCCAGUGUGUGCAAUGGCAGUAGUGAUCUUUUUGUAUCAUGUUUUACAGAUAUUUAACUCUCAAAAUGUCUUUUUAUACAUGGUUAGGUGUAAAGUUACUUAGAUAACCAUGUUUAAAAGUGUGCUUGCACAUGGUUGCCACAGGUCAAGGAAAAGUUAAGGAAAUAAAAUUUUAUUUUUAUUACAGAUGUACUCCACUAGAUCACAAAUAGACAUUAAAUGAAAUGAAAUUUGUCACUACAAUAAAGAAACGUUGUGGAUAAGAAGACAACCAAAAGUGCUGAGGCACCAUGCUAGGGAUGUCUCACUAAUUAAGGUGUAAGAGCAUUAACAAAUAUAAAAAGAGAAGUUCUAAUCAACUGUAAUAAAAUUUAAAGCAUUCAUUUUAAAAGCUGCAAUACCAUUUGAUCUCUAAUAUGAUUAGGUAAACUAUUUCAUUCAUUAACUAUUUGGUUAAAAAAGCUAUAUAUGAAAUAAAACCAUUAGUUCUACUAAAAUUUAGAGCAAGAUCCUGUGUGUCAUUUUUUCUCAAGUUAUAAUUUAUAAAUUUCUUAUCCUUACAAAAUAGGAGCUUAUUUGAAAUAUCUAUAUCAUACUGUCCAUUAAUUACAUUGAACAAAAAUGUAUCAUCUUUUAUGAAUCUCCUACUGGGUAAUGACUGCAAUUUUAACUGAGAUAAUCUAGUGCUAUAAUCAUCAUCAGGCUUGGUAAUCCAACUGGUGGCUCUUUGCUGUUAUGUUUUAUGUGUGGGUUCCAAGUUUCACAUGCAUAUUCUAGUAAAGGUCUCACAAGAGACUACCGUAAAGUGUUUUCAUAGUUACUGUAUCAAUGUCAUUUAUGUCCCUACAAGUCCUUUUAACCAGCCCUAAAACCCAAUUAGCCUUUAGUAGUUAUUUUAUCCACCUGUUGGUGGAAAAAAAAUUUCUUCAAGGUCAAGGAAAAGUCAGGAAAUUUAGCAGUGAGUUGGGGGAAAUUUAUAUCUUUAAAGAAAGUCAGAGAAAGGAGGAUCUCCUAGACACUUAUCUUAGAUGGAUCUGAAGAGUCUCUUAGAGCAUUACUGACUUUGAUGGAAGUCUUUGGCAAAAUAUCUGGCCUUAGGCUUAGGGUAUCACAGAAGGAAAGAAAUCAGUGUUUUCUUAAUUUUCUAAAAUUUAUGAAGAAUAAGGAUCUAUCAACUUUGUAAAUUUUUAUAUCUUUUUCACUUCAGGAGAUGUAAGUAAAAAAUGCUUUGAGAGUAGAAUGGAGGGUGUGAGAUUGAUGACUGCAUGUCAAAUCCUUAUUGUUGUUUGGGCAAAAGGAAAAUUUAUUUCUUGACAGUUUGCACUGGAGCAGAAAUAUUGUUCACUGAUAGUGAUAGGGGUUCCUACUAGAUUUAAGAGAUUCAGAGGCCACUGACCAGACCUAAAGAUCUAAAAGACUUUUUUUUGCAGGAUGAAUUUAUCACAAUCUUUUUUACUAUCAGUCAUGAACAUUAAUUUUGGUACCAGUUACUUUUCAAGCUCAGUUUGUUUUAAAUUUUAAUUUAUUUGCAUUCUUUUCAGCUGAAGUGCUUGUGGAAGAAACCUCUGAAUUUUGAAUUGUCAUUCUUUUUGUUGGUGACUGACCCAGUUGGGAAUGUGUUUGUCAAUAUUUUGUGUGCAUUACAUCCAUGGUUAACCAAAUAGAUUGAAAAGUUGGGCAUGUGAACUGAACAGUUUCGAUUUGUAGCAAAAGUUCUGCAUUAUAAAAGCUUCUCUGUUUAAGGGAUGUUUGCUCAAAAAGCCUUCUGUGUUCAAAUUUCUGCAUGGAACUUACACUUUAACUUUUGAGGAAGGCUUGCGAAAACAAAAUUUACACUUUUCAUUAAUUUUGUAACACACUUUUGCACAAUAAUGUAGAGGAAGUUAGAUAGCUAAUAGAAUAUAGAUUACAUUGGAAAAUAUAUUGUAAAUUCCAAUUACAAUAAAUGUCCUCACUAACUAAAAAUUAGAUAUGCUGGGUGUAAAUGAAUGUAUACUGGAAUGUGACUGCAACACAAACUGUCACAUUUUUGUUGGAAUUCUUUGCUUUCAGGGCACUGCUAAUACUGUUAAAAAUGGUCACAACUCAAAUAACCCAACCAAUUGAAAUUCCCCCACUACUUCAAAUGAUUCUAUAUCUAGAAAUUACCCAAUUGACAUCCCAGGUUGCUUGAGUAGCUCAAGUAUAAAACCAUGAUUCAACUGAUACAUACACUAUAACCCAACCCAAUAAUAUGACCUAGCUACCCUGCAUGCAAAUUAUCUUAGUGACACUAAUGACCCAAAUGACACAAAAAAACCUGACUGGCUCAAAGGGCCUAAAUGAUACAAAUGAUAAUCCAACUUGUUACUACUAUGUGUUAAAAGAUCAUGAAUUAAACCAAAAAAUUUUGGUGAGAAUUGCUUUCAAAUUACAAUGUUCGUGACUCUACUUGUUUAAAAGAACGAUACAGGUUGUGUACUGCUUUCUGUCCAAUCUUUAUAAAUCAGUUUACCACUACACACUCAGGAUGUGUAAGGCUUUAUUACACUUCAUUAUUAAAAAACAUAUCACAGAGUAAUAGAAUUAAGAACGUUAAUACUUUCUACAUAGGUUAUGUCUUGCACUUGAUCUGAACACUCAACUUUCUUUUCACAUUCUAGUUUCAAGAUGCCAAGAUAGAGCUUUUGAAGUUCCUUCAAUCAUAUGUGAUGAAGAUGGGAAAGAAAAUUAAUCCCUAUGUUGUGGAAAUUAAGGUAAUGUUAAUCAUUUGGAAGGGAACAGAGGCGUAUAGACACUGCUGUAAAGUAGAGCCAAACAUAGCAACCAACAGAAAGUAG